AUGACCGUAUGGCGCUCCCCAGUCUUUCUGGGUCUCUUUGGCGACCCGUAUCUACGGAACACUCCAUACGAGUCCGGAGGCGACCCGCAGGCGCUCAUGAGCGUCCUGGAAAGCAUGACGCAGCUGCUGCAGCCGCCGCAGGAUCAACACGAGCAGGCCUCAACCCGAGACAAAGCAAGCGAGACUCCACUGACGUUUCCACUUACAGUCGACCAGCAGCGCGUACUGCAGACGUUGGUGCUCCCUCAGCUGGUAUUCUGCAGCCAAUGGGUGGAGAAGGGCGCCAAAGUGGACGACGCUGCCCAGUUCCAGACCUUUUUGACUGAAUGGAAAGCGGAACUUGCCAAACUUCAAGUCGGAAAGCCUAUCCUGGUGCCUGGAGGGUACGUUGGAACGCUGACGAGCCAUUCCAUUAUUUACGUGGUCGAGAAGACGAGCAAUGCACCAGAGGAGUAUUCGUUUAUAGUGUGCAAUAAAGGUCCUGGAGCCGAGAUGUACCAUCCAUGCAAGGUCAGAGACGGCGCCGACAAGAUACGUGUCCAGUCGUGCAUUCAAAUUAGUAACAUCUCGGUACGUCGGUUCUUGGAUAUGGCCUUCUGGUCAUUGCUGUUCUCGCUGUGGGUGCGCAAGCCCGCGUCGGAGUACCAUCGAGUGGAGACUAUCUACGAUGUCCUGCUACCUUGGCUUGCAGACGAUCAAUUGCUUCCAUUGGCCUACGAGAAGUCAUCGCAAGACGCACCUACUGAUUGGACGAGUGCAGCUUUUGGAGGUGCACACACUGCGCAACGCAGCCAAUUGGGCUUUUGUAAGAGCGUCAUUGAAGCAGUGCGCUGUUUGAGCCUACGCGACGAAGCUUUUACGAGCGAGGAAGUAAAGUAUACCAUUUUAUACCAAAUGCGCUAUCGUUUAUGUCUGCGAAUGGUAAAAGGAUUGGAAAUUGCGGAAAAUCCAGCAAAGGCGAUCCCUGAUAGCGCGCUGGCUAGUGCACUGCAAACGCUGUCUACUAUUUCACUGCAAGAUUCACUUCAGGGGACCCACACCGUGGCAGAGGUGGAUCCUGAAGCUGUCGUUGGUAUUUAUUUCACAUUGGCAACGUCUGCGGCCUGUCGUAAGCUGACACAUGCACUGUCUGUAUUCAGCGAAAGUUUACACGCUGCAAACAAGAAGUUUGUCGUAAUUGUAGUGUCCGUUGAUCAAGAGCAGGCAGAUUACGCAGCAUUUGUAGCGAGCUUACCGCUGCACACAUGGCUCAUCGUGCCUUUCUCAGAAAAAGAGGCUCGAGAGAAGCUGGUGCAGACGUUUGCCAUUACGAAGGUGCCGCAGCUUAUUUUGCGAGGGUCGAAUGGAGCCAUCUUGACGCCGCUGGGAAAGGAGCUUAUAAUGUCUGACCCGACGGGUGCUUUUUAUCCAUGGACUAGCGAGCAGUUUGAGCUGCCAAAGAUGCAUCUUUCCGUUUCCGAAGCGACAUGCAUUGCCAUAGGUGUGAAGCAGAUUGGAUUAAAAACGCUCAAGCAAUAUGAUCGUCGAAAUAUAGAAGCCCAAGGUCUUGGUCACGUCAACAAACUUAUGAUCGAAACAGAGCGGCUGGUAGAGUCGGUGGAGAUGAUCGUUAGCUCCGAAGGCAACAGUAAGUGCGGCGUGGCUUCCCUGAAAGAUGUAUUCAUGUUCAUCCCCCAUUUUAAUAUGGAGCUGCUGCAGCUGCAAGAACACGCCAGUGUGUACGCGGGUAACACAUAUGAGCUUGAUGCUCCUGUUCUUAGCAACUUUUUGGAUGUGCCCGAACGUAUUACAUCGAUUGCGCUAGCAGUCGCAGCAUUUGUUAGGUGCACGGCUUUGUGCGAGUCCCUGCUGAAGCGAGCCGCCGAAGGAUCGACAUCUUCGAGACUAUCUCUACAUCACAAAGUCCUUCAACUUAUCACAAGCGUUCUGGUGGAAGUGUUGCCAGUGCCCGAGCAUAUUGGUGCCGACGGAACUGUGUCAUCCACUUGUAUAUGGAGGCAUCCUGUUGCAAAGAACUUGCAGCUUCGAUGUCUGAAAUACAUACAUUCUCUCCUUAUGAUUCUGGGAUCAGUAUGGCAGUCGAUGGAGCAGCCAAGUCGUCAAUUCGAUUCAGAGCGCGCACUUGCGGCAUUGUGUGCCUUGUGCAUUUUUGACGCUGUAGUUCGCACCCCAGCAGCCGAUGAACCACUGGAGAUUUCUCUCCUGAUGGAAGAAGGAGAUGGGUAUGUUUUGGCUCACACGUUCUGCAAGGCUAAUAUCUCAAUCAAGAAGCUGGCUUCGACGACGGAGUUUGCGCGCCCAAACUUUUGUGUUGUCCGAGGUCAGGUGCUUGCUUACCUCCACAGCCAGGAUGUCAAAGGAAAACAACAGCUUUUUGAUUAUCACAUGCCAGACGACAAAGUUGAAAUCAGGCGAUAUUCGACGACGAUUCACUUCUUUCGUAGACUAAUGGAGCGGUAUCACUACCAACUCAUCGAUCCCGACAACCAGGCACCACCAACUGAGAUGGAAGCGCUUAUGGAGUGGUUUUGUAGCGACACGACUCCUAUGGCCGAGGAUCAUCCUGAAGUUGGUAUGGCCCGUGAUCUAGUCAUGAUGGUUAAGUUCUUAGCUACAAUGGAAACGAAGGAAGUCGAGCUCAUGAAGCACCGAACUGCUAACGAACACUGGCAGAUGUGGCAGCUAUCGUUUGACGACUCAGCAGCAACCCAUCGACGGAAUUUUUUUGGUGUUCGCGGACUCAAUCAAGUACUUCACGGCACAUUGAAAUGGGAGGUCGUUAACUUCCGCGGAAGCGACCAAGACGUCGCAGACGUGGAGGUGAAGGGGUUCAUGGACAGGAAAGUAUAUUUUGGCGAAGGUCCGGUUGUGACAAGUCCUGCAAACCUAAGUGCACUUCUUGUUAAAUGUUCAAGCAACACGUCGGCUGGUAGUCUCUCUACAGUAAUUACUGAAGACGAUAUCAUGCAUCUCACCGACCUGCCUACUUACAAAGGAACUCUGUCAACGGAGGAGUCAGAAUAUCUCAUGAGCUACUUGACGGUGCCAUACACGCGCAUUCCGCUUGUAGCUUCAUUCUUUUCCUCGCAGGAUCGCGCUACGUAUUUGUUUAAUCCGAUGCUGCAACGUCUAUUUCGUGCUAUUUUGUUUGAGGGUGGAGAUUGGGUGGCCGGUGACAAAGCUGAACAAAUCACCCGUAUUCCAUUAAGAAAGUCAAACUUCGUGAUGCACGAGGAAGCCGUCGAACAGACAUGUGAUGCCCGAGUUCGUUACCAGAAGUGUGAAGACCAUCUGGGCACAACAAAUGGGCUUCUCUUGAACGAGCUGACCCACGCCCCGAAAGCGAUUGUAUUGCCUCUACUGAAAAUGCUAAAUGCGAUUAAGGAGCUUGGAGAAGUAUCCGUUCACUCUGCGGACGCUCGAUUUAUUCUUUUCAUGAUCAAGUUGAGUGUGGAUUUCUUGCGGUACGUAACGUUUGCGAUCGACCAAUGUAGUACCAGUGACGACCAAACGCGAGUUGCUAAGCUUGAGGGAUAUCGGUCUCAAUUCAUGACGUACGUAUUCGGGUUCGCUCACAAAAUCCUGGAUAAAUGGAGACACGAAGCUGAAGAAGCGAACAACCUCCAGACGGAGUGCGUGAUCCAUUCAUAUCUGGCCAUUCUACAUGUGAGCUUGCGCUGUUCUGAGUACGACGCACAGACAAUCUCCGGUCUGCUAGGCUCCGUUGCUUACGUUCACAAUUGGCAUUGCUUCGGGAUGAAAGUAUCCACUGACGGUGAUGUUGAGAAAUGUGGUCUCACGGCGGCAGAGCGACUGCUGCGCUGGCUUCAAGCCCAAGGAAUCAAUACAGUCGAUAGCGACAACACGUCCUUAGAUAAGUACUUGGAGGGCCGACCUCUAUACUUAAAAGUUGGGAUGCAAACCAUCCAAGCGCCGAGCCUUGUUGCGCUGCGCGAUAAGAGCAAUAGAAAAGAGACACUGCUACCACCUGGUGACGUGCUUGAAGUAGAGGUAUUUGAAACUAUCCAGUUACACCGACGUUCAAUCGUGCAAUGGCUAGCAAGUCUGCCGAAGGCAAAUCGUAACAAGGUUUUAGGAAGGAUUGUACAAAUUGCUCUUCGUUCUACCGAGCAAACUGACGCGUGGGAGUGGAUCGAAGAAUCUCAUGCCAGGGGUGCGGGAAAAUACAGCUGCAGCGAACAAGAAUUGAAGCUGGAUACCCAGACAGGAGAGAUUUUGUGGCGGAAUGACGAAUUGAAGCCUGUUCCGGACUCAAUGACCCAGUUCGCAGACUUUAUGGCCGUAUUUGGGAAUAAGGCGCUCCACUGCGGUCUUAUCGCCCGCCAAGAGCAUCGCUUAUGGAUUAGUAUUGUUGGUACGGAUUAUCAGCUGGUUGAAUGGGACGACCCGAUCCAUGAAAUUGAUCAGGGUGUAGGCGCUCCUCUGGUUUUCGAGCCUGGGAGUAUAGAUGGACCCGAUGGUCUUAGCAAGGAUUCUGGAGAACAUAAAAUGUACUGGGAGUGUCCGGCCUGCACAUGUGCGAACUUCAAUGGUGACAAUCCUAACGCUACCUGUGAGGUAUGUGGUACCCCUAGAAUUGCUAACGUGCUUCACCACGCUUCGCAGAAAGAAGGAGAAAAAAAAGCCAAGCAACUGGGCGAUGAUGGAUUCCACUACCUUGGCAAAACAUUUUCGCGUCCAUUUGAUAUUUAUGCUGAGAAGGAGCACUCUUUUGUUGAUGAAUACUGGUUUGUCGAUUUAAUCGGCGAUGCACUACGUGUGGUGUAUCCUCCAGAACCGGACAAUAAGAAAUUACCUUACACGCUGUUUCUUCCGAAUGAGCCAUAUCCAGCUAAUGCUACCCGUGCGAACUUGAUUGGCUUGGACCGAGGCUCUGAUGACAAGGAUAAGGAAAAACUUGCGACAUUCAAGGAAAUCGUGGCGUAUCGAAGGAUGAAGGUGGUGCACAUAUUUGCCUUGGUGUCGCACGGCCGUAGACUCUAUCGCAAACUUAUUUUCACGUCGAACUCGCGUCUUAGUCUUCACAAUUUCCCUCCAACUAUAUUGCCUGAUCAAGGGCCUGUUGAUGCAGCAUUGUUGUGGGCAAGCGGUGAGCCGUCCGAACGCCAGACUGCCGGGGGAUCGCUCGUAGUGUUACGCAAGAACUAUUUGCUGAAAGGAACCGAGCAGUUUGCCCCGUCGCGUCUUCUGCAGGGAGUCGUUCCAAGUUGUUUGCUGGAGAACUUCCGUUUUUGGAUAGGAGAAGACGGACGUCUACGGGGUGAUUCCGUGGACUCUAAGUCACAAUGGUUUCGAUAUCGAGUAGAGAUCGAGCUGAAGGAGUCUGGUCAAGCCUUCAUCAGCCGAAAAUCGAUCACGUUACCAUAUACAAAAAUUAAAAAUGCCAAAAUCGGCACCUUCUGCUCAUCGAGUUGCAGUUCUAUAAGAUCUUCGCCAAGUCCGAUUCACGUGCCAAGUAAUGAAGCCAGUGCAGGCCACCACCCAGUAUCUUCUGACUCGUUUAAAGCUAGCGAUGACGAUAUCGUUCAGCUUAUGGGCAUGGGUUUUUCGUAUGCUGGGUGUGGUCUGGCGUUACGCAAAAGUUGUAACAACGUGGACCUGGCAGCCCAAUUCUUAUUGGAUGAAAGCAAUCAGAUGCAGAUUCUUGCUGCAGAAGAAGCGGCGGCAGCUGGUGAUUUUACCCUCAGCUCCGAGGAGCAGCAUGAGCAAGAUGUCGGGUUACUCAUGAGUAUAGAAGCUUCUUCUUCCAGAGCCGUAGCUGAAUAUGCGUUGGGUCUCUUCGCCGGAGAUCGAGAGCUUGCGAAAGUUUGGCUGUUGGACCCCGCCAAUCGUGCAGAAAUUCAACGAGUAGAUGUUGCUAAAUGCGGCAAAUUUCCGACGUCUGCGGUCGUCGAGGGAGACUUUGUUUCGUGUACGGAGAUUGAUGACGAGAAAAAGAUGCCGAUAGCAAUGCCGAGGUUGAAGAACAAAUCGAAGAAGCGGUUGGAGAAUCUCUUUAUCUGCUAA